AACGCCCAGGCAUGGUCACAUAGGCAAACCCCAACAAACCCAAGCUGAGAGAUCAGUGCUUGGUGCUAACAAGAGAUGAUAACUGCCGGCGAUUUCUACAAGGUCAUGUGUGCGAUGGUGCCUCUGUAUUUUGCAAUGCUGGUUGCGUAUGGGUCAGUUAAACGGUACAAGAUAUUCACACCGGAGCAGUGCUCAGGGAUCAACAGAUUUGUUGCUGUUUUUGCAGUCCCGGUGCUAUCUUUCCACUUCAUAGCUCAAAAUAAUCCAUACCAGAUGGACACCAGGUUCAUAAUGGCCGAUACCCUUUCGAAAGUCUUGGUCCUUGUUCUGCUGUCAAUAUGGGUUAUUUUCUUCAAUGGAGGAUUGGAUUGGCUCAUCACUCUCUUCUCAAUUGCUACUUUGCCUAACACACUUGUCAUGGGCAUUCCUUUGCUCAAGGCCAUGUAUGGAGAUUUCACCCAGAGCCUCAUGGUGCAAGUGGUUGUUCUCCAAUGUAUAAUAUGGUACACGCUUUUGCUCUUCCUCUUUGAAUACAGGGCUGCAACCCUCCUGAUCAAAACCCAAUUCCCUGGCCCCAAAGCAGCCUCCAUUUCCAAAAUCGAACUCGACAAUGAUGUCAUCUCCCUCGACGGCAGGGAUCCACUUCGCACAGAAUCUGAAACAGACGGAAACGGACGCCUUCGCGUCCGCAUCAGACGGUCCACGUCAUCGGCUCCCGACUCUGCUCUAUCAUCUUCCAUAUGCCUUACUCCUAGACCCUCAAACCUCUCCAACGCCGAAGUUUUCUCGGUCAGCACUCCUGCCCCAUUGCAAGAAUACCAUGGUUAUAAUGGUCGUUUCAGUCAUGGACCCAACAAUGAGAUAAUGCUUUGUAAUGGUGACUUGGGAUUUGGAUAUCAUCGGUCUGGAACGAGUCCGAGGUUGUCAGGAUACGCGUCAUCAGAUGCUUACUCACUUCAACCCACGCCACGGACUUCCAAUUUUAAUGAAUGGGACUUGACUAAUGCAACCAACACACCUUUCUGGGCCCGAUCUCCAGUCGCCGGUAAAAUAUCCCGGCAUCCAUCUCCGGCGGUUCCUGAGCUCAGGCUAGUAUGGGGUGAGUCACCGGUAAUGUGUCCAAAUGGCGGCGGCAAAGAGAUUGCAGAAAAAGAAAUCAGCUUCAGAGACAGUUGUAAAAUGCCAGCACCAGAGGAAACAAAUUCGAAGGAAGCAGUGACCAGCCAAGAAAUGCCACAUGCCAUUGUCAUGCUAAGACUUAUACUUGUUGUUGUAGGGAGGAAGCUCUCUCGCAAUCCCAACACAUAUUCAAGUGUUUUGGGGCUUCUUUGGUCUUUAGUCUCUUUCAAAUGGAAUGUGGGAAUGCCCAGCUUGGUGAAAUAUUCAAUAAAAAUAAUUUCAGAUGCAGGUCUUGGGAUGGCUAUGUUCAGUUUAGGGUUGUUCAUGGCUCUUCAGCCUCGGAUUAUUGUCUGUGGCAAGAAGAGGGCGACCAUGGCAAUGGCAAUCCGAUUCAUUUGUGGACCCGUCGUAAUGUCAACCGCUUCGCUUGCUGUUGGAAUGAGAGGGGAACGGCUCCGUGCAGCCAUAGUGCAGGCAGCUCUCUCACAGGGGAUUGUGCCAUUUGUCUUUGCAAGAGAAUAUGGGUUGCAUCCUGAUAUAAUGAGCACAGGGGUGAUUUUCGGCAUGCUAGUUUCCUUACCGGUAACCCUCCUCUACUAUAUAUUUAUAGGGCUGUGAGGAUAAAGAAAUGUUAGAUCAUCAUUAGCAUUGAAGCACACAUAUAUGGAGAAUCCAAGGCAUUAAAUUAUUUCCGAAGAAACAAUUUUUCCAUGUUCAUAUCACAGGACAUUGUAAUGUCAUUACAGUAUGCUAACCCGCCCACAUCUGUGGUCGAUUAAUAAUAUAGCUGCAAGCGAUAUUUCUCCCGGGGA